AUCGCACCGUGAAAAGUUGACUUAAAUAAAAAAUUAUAAAAUGAAUUUUGCAAUGAGCGGAGGAAUAGAAUGUUUCUAUUUUGACGCCAGCAUCAGCGAAAAUGUCGAGAUUGGGGACAACUUUUCGGAAACUGUUUUUGUCGAUGGUCCUUGUAUUAACGUCGAUACUGUUGCUGGUGCUGAAAAAAAAUCAAAAUCAUCUAUUCUGAAAAGUAGAGGUAUGAUAACAACAUGCACAGAAAAUUCUUUUGACCCAUCCCCAGCACCUUCUCAACCUCAGCAGUCCAUUCAAACCACCAUUAAAAGACCACUGCUGCAAUUUCUAAAUGCAAACAACCAGCAACAGACGAUACUAAUUAGGUUUAAUAAUUCAAAUUGUAAAGCUCAGUCCCAGCAAGAUGAAAACUGCCAUGCAAAGUCAUUUCUUCCAUUAGCAGGCUUAGGAUUAAAAACAUGUCUUGAUGAGAUGGCAAAGUUAAAAUGUCGACAAUGUAGUUAUCAGGCUUGUUACGGUAAACAGUUAGAGGAGCAUGUAUCAACAUUACAUUCAUCUGAGGCACUCGACAGAUGCCUAUGUUGUCAGAUGAUCUUUUUCAAUGACGACGACCUAAAGAUACAUUAUCAGAAAAAUCACCCUAAGUGUUACUGCAGUGAGUGUGGAUUCAUCAGUCAGCAUGGCUAUGUGAUGAGGAGGCACAUGCAGUCUCACACAGAAGAAGGUAGGAAGUGCAUGUUCUGUAGCAAGCUUUACAAGGACAGGUAUGUACUGAACAUGCACUUGAAGAUGGUUCACUCGCCAGUUGAAAAAUCAUUCACCUGUACGACCUGCUCCAAGUCAUUCAACAGGAAAGCACACCUGGUCAGACAUGAAAGAACUCAUGCUCCUAAAAAACCUUUCAUCUGCCAUCAUCCAAAUUGUAAUUAUAGUGCAAGCGAGAGAUCAGACUUGAGCAAGCACUCCUUAGUUCAUGGAGAGCCGCAGUUCAAAUGUAAUGUCUGUAGCAAGAAGUUCAGGCAGUCCAAAAAUCGAGAUCUCCAUCUGAAAAGGUAUAUUCUUAUUUACUAA